CAAAAACAAUUUGUCCCGGAAAAAAAUCCACCAUUAUCUCGAAUCUGAAUUUCGUACCCUCUCCGUCGUCCUGUCCUUAAACUCAUUUUCCCCGUCUCACCGAGUCGAUCAAAUACCGCCAAAAUGCCCAAGGAGGUCGCUGACAUCAAGAAGUUCAUCGAGAUCUGCCGUCGGAAGGACGCUUCCUCCGCGCGGAUCAAGAAGAACAAGAAGGCCCACAACAUCAAGUUCAAGGUCCGAUGCCAGAAGAACCUCUACACUCUGGUGCUCAAGGACAAUGACAAGGCCGAGAAGUUGAAGCAGAGCCUUCCUCCCAACCUGCAAAUCGCCGAGGUCCCCAGGAAGAACUAAGGAAUUUGCAUUGGUAAACAAAAUCGGAAAAUAGGG